CCCUCCUGUUUGAACCGGAAUGAUAUGGUUUCACCUUGGGGUGCACAACGCUGCGGAGAGGCGCACGUUUUAAUUUUAGCUGGAAAUUCGGUAUUCAAAUGAGUGAUGAAUGUCAGUGUAGGACCGUAGCGCGUCUGACUGUUGGUCCAGCGGAGGAGAAACAUGAAACAAGACGUCAGGAUACUCCUGUUGGGGGAGCCCAAGGUGGGGAAGACCUCCCUCAUCAUGUCUUUGGUUGGAGAAGAAUUCCCAGAGGAGGUUCCGCCCAGAGCUGAAGAGAUCACCAUCCCAGCCGACGUGACACCAGAGAAGGUGCCCACGCACAUAGUGGACUACUCAGAAAAAGAGCAGAGUGACGAAGUCCUGAGAAAUGAGGUCAUAAAGGCCAAUGUGGUGUGUGUUGUCUAUGAUGUCACCAACGAGGACACAAUAGAGAAGAUCAAAACUAAAUGGAUACCUUUAGUUAACGGGCAGGCAGAGAAGGGGAACAAAGUUCCCAUCAUCCUCGUGGGAAACAAGUCUGACCUGCGCUGUGGCAGCUCAAUGGAAACCAUUCUUCCCAUCAUGAACCAGUUCUCUGAGAUUGAGACGUGUGUUGAGUGUUCUGCAAAGAACUUGAAAAACAUUUCCGAGCUGUUCUACUAUGCACAGAAGGCAGUUCUUCACCCCACUGCCCCUCUAUAUGACCCCGAGGACAAACAGCUGAAACCCCUGUGUGUUCGGGCCCUUAGCCGGAUAUUUUACAUCUCUGACCAGGACAAUGACCGGAUCCUCAGUGAUGCUGAACUCAACUGCUUUCAGAAAUCCUGUUUUGGGAAUCCUCUGGCACCUCAAGCCUUAGAGGAUGUGAAGACAGUAGUUUGGAAGAACACCAGUGAUGGGGUGCAGGACAACGGCUUGACCCUAAAUGGUUUCUUGUUCCUUAAUACGUUGUUCAUCCAGAGGGGCCGUCAUGAAACCACGUGGACUAUCCUCAGGAAGUUUGGUUAUGACGACAACCUUGAUCUGACUGAUGAUUACCUUUACCCCGAGCUACGAGUUCCUGUCGGCUGUACCACGGAGUUCAAUCACUUAGGUCACCAGUUUCUCCAGAGGCUGUUUGACAAGUACGAUGAAGACAAAGAUGGUGCCUUGUCGCCGGCGGAGCUUAAGAACCUGUUUUGCGUGUGUCCUUACAUGCCGUGGGGUGCAGAGGUCUGCAUGGCAGUCCCAACGACAGACGAGGGCUUCAUCUCUAACCAGGGCUUCUUCUGUCAGUGGACGCUCUCUGCAUACUUAGACAUCCAUCGUUGCCUGGAGCACCUGGGAUACCUGGGCUACCCUAUCCUCACCGAGCAGGCCUCACAGACUGCAGCCAUCACAGUCACACAAGAGAAAGAGCUGGACCUGGAGAAACGUCAGUCUCAGCGGUCAGUGUUUCUCUGCAAGGUGAUCGGACCUCGGGGGACCGGCAAGAGCGCCUUUCUGCAGACCUUCGUGGGCCGCAACGUUCCGAACAAAAUGAAUACCAGCAGUGCCUUUUCCCCUUACGCCAUUAACACUGUGCAAGUGAGCAAGCAGGAGAAGUACCUCAUACUCAAAGAGGUGGAUGUGGAGGUGGAGUUCCUGAAGGCAUCAGACGCCAAUUGUGACGUUGCUUGUCUCAUGUAUGACGUCAGCGACCCACAUUCCUUUGACUACUGUGCCAGUAUCUACAAGCAACAUUACAUGGAGAGCACCAUCCCAUGUGUGCUGGUCGCCUCCAAGGUGGACCUUCCCGAGGUCAAGCAGUUCCACGGGAUGACUCCAGCCGAGUUCUGUUAUAAACACCAACUGCCUCCACCUCUGCCCUUCUCCAGCACGUUCCUCGACUCCACCAGCAAGAACCUCUACACCAGGCUGGCCUGGACAGCAGCUUACCCACACCUGAAUGGCUCCAGCAUGAGCAACACCUCCUUCUGGCUCAGAGUGGCGUUGGGCUCGGCCGUGGUCGCGGUGCUCGGCUUCGCCGUCUUCAGAGCCGUCGGCAGACUUAAAUGAGCGAGAGCUUCUUCUCUUUCUCCCCGAAGCUCUUCAUAUCUCUGCUCCUCUUCCUCCCCGCUGAGUCAGUCGAUCGCAGCACUCCAAAGCAACUGGAAGCUGGUGGUCCUUUCAUUCCCUUUUCUCUGCCUUACAUUGUCCGACCAGGGGAAGCCGCAGUUUGCCCGUCCCCACCUCGACACACAAAGUAUUGGGCUUUAUCAAAGCGUAGGAAAUGAAGCAAGUCCCUUCUGAUCUGUAUUCAAUCAUGUGUCGGCUCUAAAUGUUGGGAUUGGGGAGUUUUUAAUGAAUAUGCUGUAUUUCUUACGCAGAGUAUAAAAAUGCCGUAAGACCAGACUGAAAAACCAAAGGUUGGCACAUGGAACAUUUUUUUUUAAAUAGCUUGUGUACUGACUCGCUGCUACUGAAUAUCUCCACCGGAUUACUCUUCCUUCUGACUGCCGCCUCAGAUGCUAGAUAUGAUCUGAUUUGCCAAAUAACUCCAGCUGUUAUGAGUAGGAGAAGCAUGUUAUUUACCCCUCACGCAUAUUGUUAUGCCGACAAAAAAGUUCUCAGCAGUAAGGCUCUCAUCUGCUGCAGCAAGGAGAGAUGUGCAUGAAGAAGAAUGGUUUCCUCAAGUAAAGUAGCCCAAACCUUAAUUAGCUACAUUCAUUUCUGCUUGUUUCUGUUCACAUUGAAAUGGGAAUUCCUUGAUUUUGAUUGAGACUGAAAUAGUGUGACCUUUUUCUAUGGAUGUAAUAUUCGCAUCCACUUUGACUUACAUGCUUUAUCUGCCACUGCAUUGUUUUUCCACAUGACUCCGUCGUGUGUGUUUUGUUGCUUAAUUUAGUUCAGGACCUCUUGUUUCUGCAGGACUCACACUUUAGAUUUUUAAUUAAAGACCAGACUGGAUGGGGAACUUUUGCCCAAAAGACAUUAUGGGUGUUGGGAUGAAAAAAGAAUGUUCUGCUUUCUGUUAAUAUGUCUGACCAUUGGUGCCCCCCCCCCCUCCCUCAGUAUUUACCUUGUUGAUUCCUUGUAUCUAUUUUUAAAGCUGAUACAUUUUGA